AUGAAGACAGGGGCGAGCUGGAGGGUGCUGGCAGAGGUGUUUCUCCUUGGCCCUGCCCUGGGCUGCCUCAGUUUACCCAGCUCCAGAGGUGAAAGACCAAUUUUCCUUGAGUCAAGUGCAGCCAACAAGAGCAGACAGGUGCGGAGUGUGGACAUUGCCCCAAAGCCCGCUGACUGUGAACUGUCCAGCUGGACCUCCUGGACUGCAUGUGACCCCCGUCAAAAAAAAGGCAUGCAGGCCCAUUUUCAGGACAUUGAAUGUGCCUCAUGGAUAUUGCUGCUUGAGCUCAUUCUGCUUACAGACUUCUCAGUAAGGGAGCGGAUGGUCAUUGCAUACUCUGCUAGAAAGCUUUGCUCCAGCCACUUCCGCUACCGCAUCACUCCUCUCUGCCAUCCUCAUACCACUUUCCACAUCUGCCCCAUGUUCCUACCCAGCUGCUGGGCUUCGCGUUCCAGCCUAGAUGUCACUCCUCCUGAAAGCUUCUCCCAUCCCCUAGAGGCCCCAGGGGUAGAAGACAAGUGGUUGGGUUGGCAGCAGCCCCGUGCCUGGCUCACCCUGAUCCUCUCCGCUUGCACUGUAGACACAGAUUCUUGCUCAAGCCCUCAGUUCCAUAGGGAACUGUGCACCUUCUCCGACAAGGAAGUGGAAGACUGUGUUACCACCAGGCCAUGUAGAAGUCAAGUGCGAUGUGCAGGCUUCUUGUGUCACUGGCAGGUAGGCGGCACAGACGGGGAGGUGAUAAACCACAGACUUCUUUGCUGUGGGCAAAAUGAUGGAGACCAGUCCAAUGAGGCAAAUGGUAGAAGUGUUUAUAAAAAAUGCCAGCAUGAAAUGAAGCACUACUGGGCAAUUGGCCAUCUGGCCAGUGGGAUAAAUUUGUUCACCAAGUUUGGAGGGCCUGGUCUGGAUCACAGGAACCACGCUGGUGGGCGCUCCCCCCACUCCACCCUGCACACGAGGUACGGGAAGCCGUAUAAUGUGGAAGGCUACACCCCACAGACCCAAGACAAAUACGAAUUCAUACUAAUGGAAUAUGAAUCAUAUACAGAUUUCGGACACAGUGUCAUAGAGAAAACAACUAGCAAGUCUAGCCUCAGCUUUGCUUUUAAAAUACCUAAUGUAUUUGAAAAAAGCAUGUUUCUGCAUGCAUGCUCUGACCUUGAUGUGGCACAUUACAAGCUAAAGCCGAGAAACCUCAUGCUAAAUUAUGAGUUCUUCCAGAGAAUCAGGUGGCUGCCCCUGGAAUGCAGCCACAGGGAGUAUAAAGAUCCCUUCCAUGACUUCAGCACCCACUGAAUCACAGAGGCCAUGCUUGGGGGUGUUUAUGAGUACACACUUUCACAGAACCAAGAGGCCUUGGAGCAAGAAGGUUAUUCCCUUAAUGACAUUCCCAACUGUGCCAAAUAUGAUUACCGAAUUGGUGCUGACAUUGGGGUCUAUGCCACACUGGGUGUGUCAGAAGACAAAUGUAGGAACAUUCUGAAUGAAAUAAAUGGUGAGAGAUGGGACCAUUACAAGAAGAGCACUGUGAGGGAAGACUUGGUGGUCCUUGUGCGGAGAGGGGCAAGGCACAUCACUGCCCUGGCCUAUAAGGAGCUGCCCAGGGCUGCACUGAUGCAGGAGUUGGGAGAUGGGCAGUACAACCCGGCCUUCAUCAAAGCAAAGGCAGGGCCUCUAUAUGAUUUGGUGAUAGCCACAGAUUUCGCCUACUCCAGCACAGUGAGACAGCACAUGAAGCUCCCUGUGGAAGUCAGCUCCUGCCACUGUGCCACCUGCCAAAGGAAUGGAGUCCCUGUCCUGAAAAGGACCAUUUCCAGGCCACUGGGGUCCCUGUGGAAGCUAUUAUCUGGAGGAAGCUGGCUCUGGGUUGAGCUGUUUGCCAAUGACCCCAUCAAUGGGAACUGGAAUUGCUGGUCCACCUAGUCUUCAUGCUCUAGGGGACUAAAAACAAGACAAAGAGUUCCACACAGUGGGGGAAGCCCCUGCUCAGGCCCCACAUCAGAGAUGGUCAACUGUUCGUACGGUCUUGAAGGAGAGACGAUUGGAUUGCAGAGCACCGGUGAAUACCCGGGUGACGCCCAAGCGCUGCUAAACUGGAGAGUAUUCGUAACUGUACCUGUGAAGGAGCUGCAGCAUCCUCAGGCGGAUCGCAAGCAGGGCCCCAGGAAACCUCGAAUGCGGCACUAG